UCGUAGGUUUCACUUCUCGUGCGUUCUUCAUUUUUCUGCCGCCGCCUCUCUGCCCGGCAGCCGUCGCCUGAGUCGCACAGGGGCCGCCUCUCCUUCUCCCGCCCUCCGGUCGCUCCUUCCCCCGCCCAUCGGUCGCCGUUUCCUGAGUCGCACUGGGGCGGCCGCUCCAUCUCCCGCCCUGCGGGCGCCGCCGCAAGAUCUUGGACGGGGCCCCAAGAUCUUCAACGGCGCAGCCGGCCCGUGCCGCCCGGCGGCCCUCUCUCUCCAUCGAAGGAUCUUCGGACGGCGCCCGAGAUCGGUUCCUCCGCACGUCGUGGUUGAGAUCCCUCGCAUAGGAUAUCGGCAUGGCUGGCGAAGGCAUCUCGAUAGAUGAAUUUAUGGAGUACGACUCGAUGGUCAGGCAGACAUUUAAAAGUGAGAACGAAGCGUACAAGUUCUACUUAGGGUAUGCGAAGAACAAAGGGUUUGGUGUUAGAAAGGGCGAUCUGAAAUAUAAGGGAAACAAGGAAAAUGCAUACCGGAGGACGUUUGUGUGUUGCAAACAAGGAUAUCGUGACGUAAAGCACUUUGAUGAAACCGACAAGAAAAGGACGCCAAGGGCACUCUCUCGGUGUGGUUGUCCUGCUCUUUUGCAGGUUGAGCUUCAAGAAAGCACUGGGUUGUGGUUUGUAAAGAAUUUUGUUGACCAACAUAGCCAUCCAUUCAUAAAUCCUGAGUUGUCACCUUUCUUGUGGUCUCAUCGUGGCAUGACCGAUCCACAGAAGGCGGAUGUCAUUGAGUACUCGGUUGGUGGACUUCGCACACAUCAGAUAAUGGAUGUGAUGGAGAAGCAGGCUGGUGGUUUGGGCAAGGUUGGAUUUAUAUCUCGCGAUCUGUAUAACCAUGUCGCGUUGGAGAAGAAGAAAAAGAUAGAAGGUAGCGAUGCUCAAUUUAUGCUGAACUACAUGACAGCACAACAGAUGAAAGACCCAGAUUUUUUUUACAGAUACACCGCAGACAGUGAUGGGCAUCUGCAGAACAUAUUCUGGGCAGACGCCCAAUCUCGCUUGGACUAUGUUGCAUUUGGUGGUGUGGUGGUGUUUGACAGCACAUACCGGUCAAACAAAUAUAGGUUGCCGUUUGUUCCAUUUGUGGGGCUGAACCAUCACCGCAGCACAGUCGUGUUUGGGGUUGGUCUUGUAUCCGACGAGUCGGCUAACUCAUAUGAGUGGCUGCUUCAGGUUUUUUUGGAGGCAAUGCACCAGAAGCAUCCCAUUUCAGCGAUCACAGACGGCGACGUUUCAAUGGCCAAAGCCAUAUCAUUAGUCUGGCCUAGCACAUAUCACCGUCUGUGCAGCUGGCAUAUCGAGCAGAAUAUGGUGCUUCACCUCCGAAAGGAAAAGCUUAAGGAAUUUAGGAAAUUUAUUUACUAUGCCAUGGAGGUUCAUGACUUUGAGAGACGCUGGUUGGCUUAUAAGAAGAGAUUCAGAAUCACAAGGAAAAAGAAAGAUGCAUGGAUUCACAGGAUGUACGAGCUGAGAGAAAAGUGGUCUGUAGCAUAUAACAAGGGAAGGUAUUUCCUAGGGAUGUUGAGCAAUCAGAGGAGUGAGUCUCUAAACUCGAGGCUUCAUGUGCACCUGAAUAGGAGAAUGAAACUCGUUGAUCUCGUGCAACACGUUGAACACUGUGUGUCAGUUUUGCGUAGGAAUGAAGCAGCAUUGGACGCUGUAGCUUCGCACACAAUCUCCUUCACUAGAUUGACUGCCGAUCCACUUGAGAUAAGUGCCUCAUCUAUUUAUACCCCUGUUAUGUUCAGUAAGGUAAAGGACGAGAUUGUCAACUUAUCAAGAUGGAAUGUUCUUGAGGUGGAAGAGGACACUGGUUUGGUUAGCUAUGGAGUUGCUCGCAAAGAGUCGGUGCACGUUAGGUUCCAUGUCACAUGUAUUUUUGAUGGAUCUAAGAUGGAAAGUGCAUAUUGUGGAUGUAGGAAGAUGGAAAGCGAGGAUUUUCCAUGUGCUCAUAUAUUUUGCGUUUUGAAGUACAAUGGGAUAUGCACCAUCCCCGCAUGUUGUGUGAAGGCUAGAUGGACAAUGCAAGCCAAGCCUGCUUUCAGUUCUGUGAGGAGUGCCAAUACACAUGUAUGGUCAGAACAGAUGGAUAAGUACCAUGAACUGCGCAAUAUGGCUAGUGAGGCUUUAUUCACGGCCUCAGCUAGUGAAAUGCAGUCAGAAAAGGUGAUGGAGUACCUGAGGAGCAUAUUGGACGAGGGCAACAAAAAUGAUGGGAAUACUGGCACGCCAUCAUUUGUUCCUAUGCCGGCUUAUUUUUCUGGGGCGCGGCAAUGGUUUACAGAUCAAGUCCAAGACCCUAAACCAAUAAUAAAUCCCAAAGGCAGACCAGCCAAAGAAUCGAAUAAGAGGUUGAAGCCAUUCCUGGAGAAUUUGCAAGCAAAAAAGAAAACAUUGAAGAAAGUUCAUGGUCAGUUGAGUAGGGGGAGGAAGAAAAAAGUGAACAAUACUAUAGAAGAAGCAGGAGAAGAAGAAGGAGGAGAAGGAGAAGGAGAAGAAGAAGAAGAAGAAGAAGAAGAAGAGGCGGCAGAAGAAGAGGAUCGUGCUAAGAAGAGGAAACCGGUGAAGAAAGCUUCAGCAAAGGUGACUGAAGUUAGUAUGAUGACUCGGGGGAGAAAGAGAAAAGAGAACAAUGACGAAGUGUGUGCUAAGAACAAAAGACCUUUCAAGAAAACGGCUGGAAAGUCGACAAGGGGGACAAAGAAAAGAUGACAAUGAAGCCACUUUCUGUUUGCCAUUAUUCUAUCGAAUUAUUGGUCACAAGUGUUAUACAUUCAGUUUUUUACUACGGAAUUUAUCAUCAGAGUUAUAUUUGUACUUUGAAUGAGAUGAAUUUAUCAUCAGAGUUAUAUUUGUACUUUGAAUGAGAUGUACAUGCACGCUACAUUUUCCCGUUUAUGAGAUUGGAAUUUACAAGA